GCCCACAUUCCAAUUAGAGUUAGGCAAUUAGGUUUGUGAAGAACGUUUGUUUUUAAAAUUAAAGUCACCAUUGUCUAUGGUUUUUUAGUACUAGUGGAGCUAUGGCAUCAGGUACAAAAAAGUCUGUGGACUUCACCUUCCAUAACCUCUCUAUCUCGAGUACAAGGUCUGGCUAUGGUGUUCAGAUCGAGGGCAACUCUCCCGUGGUGCUCUCCGACGUCUUGCGAGGGUCAGUGGCUGAUCGUGCCGGGGUCAUACCCGGAGACUACUUCCUUACUCUAAAUGGGAGCAACAUGCAAGAGUGUACUGAGGAUGAGGUAGGGAGUGAACUACAAAGAUUGUGCGGCUCUGCUUUCGAGAUACGGGUGGCUAGACCACACCCACUUCCCGUGACAGACAUGGACAAGAGGAGAGCCCUUCUUUCUUUACAGAAUAAGCUUCGUACUGGAGACUUCGUCACUUGUGGAUCUGAAGUGGAUGAUUACAGAUCUCAGCUGAGUAAUGCCCUAAGUGGGGUGGAUGAUAUUCUUGGUAGCUUUGAUCUCCCUCACGAUCAGAUGGUCCCUAGUUACGGGGGAACUGAUCAGGAGGUGGAAAUCCAGAUGUAUGACGCUGACAACCUCUCGUCUCCGCCCUCCAGCAGGGGGUCGGACACAGACCUCACUAGCUACGACCCUCUCUUGGAUUUUUCUCGAGACGAUGGGUUUGAUCACCAACCUGGAGUCAAGUCUGCGGGGGCUCAAAUGAAUAGUAGUGUUCAGAAAAUGCAGAGAGAGAUAUCGAACAUGAAGCAUCUAAUGAAAGACGUCUCCAACAAGAAAGAAAAGAAGAAAAACGCACGAGAGCAACAAACAGUGAGAACAGAAGCAGCCUUUAAACCCUCCCACCCCUCACACACUACUAAAACAAGACAAACAGUCACAGCUGCUGCUAAACCUGACUUAAAUGAAGAAUUGGCUGAACUAGACGAGCUAGAAGAACAACUCAAGUGGGUAACCUCACCAGUCGGCUCAGGCAGUCAUGUGACCUCGAAUAAUGACCGACGGCUAAGACAGGCUACCAAAAAAACUGAGAGGUCACCGCCACCCAGAAAAAUUGACGAUAGUGUAUAUACAACUACUCAAAAGCCCGAAAGAAGUUUAUCACCAUCAUCAAGGCAACCUGAUCGAAGUGUUUCCUCAUCAUCGAGACAGCUUGAGCGAAGCACGUCUCCACCUAGUAAUGCAUCCAAUAAGCAACCCAAAAAGCCAAAAAAGACCCCAGAAGAUCGAGAAAAGUCACCACCUGUUAGGAAGCCCAAACGUGCGAAAUCACCAACACCAAGAGAACCAACACCAAGAGAACCAGAACGUGGCACGUCACCCCCACCCACUCAACCAGACAGAGCUGUAUCCCCUACUAGCAAGGCACCUGGUAGAAUUGAACGAUUCUUCAGAAGGUCAAAGUCUCCUCAAUCACAACCGGAAAGAAGUGUUUCUCCACCAGCUGUUAAGGACAAGUUCAGUGCACCACUUCGACCAAAAAAUAAAGUAGUUGAGCAGUUGCCUGGCAUGGAGGCAUCUGGUUAUGUGGAGGAGAGUCGUUCAAAGGGGGUGAAUAAGAUAUAUUUUGGGCACCCAGCUUCUGAUAUUCCUGAGAAAUCUUCGCCUAGUGUGGAGGAUGCAACCUCUGGUCUCCCUGAUAAUAUUCACGGCUGGACUAGGGAGAACGUUGGACAAUGGAUCAAGCAGCUCAACAUAUCACUGUAUGCCCACUACUACCCUCUAUUUUCAAAGCACCAAAUUACUGGUCGAACUCUGUUGAGGCUAACAAGCUCCAAGCUCAAAGUCAUGGGAAUCAACAACUCCGUCCACUGUCGCAUCCUGGCAACGGAAAUUGGGAAGCUAAAGAUUCGUCAAGAGCAGGUCGAAUUGAGAGAGCUACAGUUUGACAGUGAAGACGAGACUGGAAUAGUCUCUGUCGUGUAGCAUUCUCCACAAACUUUUUAUUUCACAGCAUUCUAUUAUAGUGAACGUUUUAAUUCUCUACUACGUGUAGUUUUGAUUUUCAUAUGGAUCUAUAGCAGUCAGGAUUUCAUUUUGUAAUCAAACCCAUUAUAAUAUAUAUA